AUGGAUAAAGAAAGCAGUGAGGCUUCACCCAAACCUGCUGACCUGAAAAUAUCCAAUAUCUCAGUUCAGGUGGUCAGUGGCCAAGGAAAAACUCCAGCGAGACGACCGCCACGAAGACCCAUAAGCACAGCCAAGCCCAAGAAGCAAUGCCAGAAGAAAGCUCCCUUUUGGAAUGUCCAAAACAAAAUCAUCCUUCUUACAGCAUUUCUCUUUGUGCUAGCCAUCAUAGCCUGGACCCUUCUGUGGCUCUACAUCAGUAAGACGGAAAGUAGAGAUGCUUUUUACUUCGUUGGCAUGUUUCGUAUCACCAACAUGGAGUUUCUUCCUGAGCACCGACACAAGGAGUCCAGGGAAUUCCUCUCAGUGGCUCGGACUGUGCAGCAAGUGAUAAACCUGGUUUACACAACCUCUGCCUUCUCCAAGUUUUACAAGCAGUCCGUUGUUGCUGAUGUCAGCAGCAACAACAAAGGUGGCCUCCUUGUCCACUUCUGGAUUGUGUUUGUCAUGCCACACGCCAAGGGCCACAUCUUCUGCGAAGACUGUGUGGCAGCCAUCUUGAAGGACUCCAUCCAGACGAGCAUCAUCAACCGAACCUCUGUGGGGAGCUUGCAAGGCCUGGCAGUGGACAUGGACUCUGUGGUACUAAAUGCUGGGCUUCGAUCAGAUUACUCCUCCACUAUAGGAUCUGACAAGGUUUGCUCUCAGUAUGUCUACGCAGAGCAACUGUCCCUCCGCUACCCUGUGGAGAUGUCUGCGACCUCAGGGAGGCUGGUGUGUCACUUCAAGCUGGUGGCCAUCGUGGGAUACCUGAUUCGCCUCUCCAUCGAGUCCAUCCAAAUCGAAGCUGACAACUGUGUCACCGACUCCUUGACCAUUUACGACUCCCUCUUGCCAAUCCGGAGCACUGUCUUGUACAGAAUUUGUGAGCCCACAAGGACAUUAAUAUCAUUUGUAUCUACAAAUAAUCUCAUGUUGGUGACAUUUAAAUCUCCUCAUAUAAGAAGGUUAUCAGGAAUCCGGGCAUAUUUUGAGGUCAUUCCAGAGCAAAAGUGUGAAAACACGGUGCAGGUCAAAGAAAUCACCAGCUUUGAAGGGACGAUUUCAAGUCCGUAUUACCCGAGCUACUAUCCUCCAAAGUGCAAGUGUACCUGGAAAUUUCAGACCCCCCUGUCAACUCUUGGUGUAGCACUGAAAUUUCAUAACUAUUCAAUAACCAAGAAAAGUGUAAAAGGGUGCGAGCACGGAUGGUGGGAAAUUAACGAACACAUGUAUUGUGGCUUCUACAUGGAUCACCAGACCAUCUUCCGAGUGCCCAGCCCUCUGGUGCACAUUCAGCUCCGGGGUAGUUCAGGGCUUUCAGACAAGCCACUUCUGGUGGAAUACGGCAGUUACAACAUCAGCCAACCUUGUCCUGUCGGAUCUUUUAGAUGCUCCUCCGGUUUGUGUGUCCCUCAGGCCCAGCGCUGUGAUGGAGUUAAUGACUGCUUGGAUGAAAGUGACGAACUUUUCUGUGUGGCCCUUGGUUCUGUAUGCAAUGUCAGCUCCUCCAGGCAGCAUGGCCCCUUAAUCUGCGAUGGCUUCAGGGACUGCGAGAAUGGCCAGGACGAGCAAAACUGCACUCAGAGCAUCCCAUGCAAUAAUAGAACUUUUAAGUGUGGCAAUGAUAUUUGCUUUAGGAAACAAAAUGCAAAAUGUGAUGGGACAGUGGACUGUCCAGAUGGAAGUGAUGAAGAAGGCUGCAGCUGCAGCAGGGGCUCCUCUACCCUCCACCGCAUUGUUGGCGGCACUGACACCCUGGAGGGAGGCUGGCCAUGGCAAGUCAGCCUCCACUUUAUCGGAACUGCUUACUGUGGUGCCUCAGUCAUCUCCAGGGAGUGGCUUCUCUCUGCAGCCCACUGUUUCCACGGAAACAGGCUGUCAGAUCCCACACCAUGGACUGCUCAUCUUGGGAUGUAUGUGCAGGGGAAUGCCAAGUUUGUCUCCCCGGUGAGAAGAAUUGUGGUCCAUGAGUACUACAACAGCCAGACCUUUGACUAUGACAUUGCUUUGCUGCAGCUCAGUAUCGCCUGGCCAGAGUCUCUGAAACAGCUCAUUCAGCCAAUAUGCAUUCCUCCUGCAGGCCAGAAAGUGCACAGUGGGGAGAAGUGCUGGGUGACUGGUUGGGGGAGAAGGCAUGAAGCAGAUAAUAAAGGCUCCCCUAUUUUGCAGCAAGCAGAGGUGGAAAUCAUUGAUCAAACACUCUGUGUUUCCACCUACGGGAUCAUCACUUCACGGAUGCUCUGUGCAGGUGUCAUGUCAGGCAAGAGAGAUGCUUGCAAAGGAGAUUCGGGUGGACCCUUAUCUUGCCGAAGAAAAAGUGAUGGAAGAUGGAUUUUGACUGGCAUUGUUAGCUGGGGAUAUGGAUGUGGAAGACCAAGCUUUCCUGGUGUUUACACAAGGGUGUCAAACUUUGUUCCCUGGAUUCAUAAAUAUGUCCCUUCUCUUUUGUAA